UCCUGUUGUGCGUGUCCGUUGCCAAAGUGAAUGAGGAUGUUGGCUAGCUAAUUGUAGGAGUUCAGGUGAAAGGAGUUUGUGUUGAGCGAUUGACACAAAACUAAAGAACCGACACAUUAACUUGAUAACUUAUUAAAGCAAGUACAUGUCACUAUUCGGAAAAACAUAACGACGAUGACCCAACCUCGGCCAAACGAGUUCAUUCCUCCACCGGAGUGUCCUGUCUUUGAGCCCAGUUGGGAGGAAUUUGCCGACCCAUUUGCGUUUAUCAACAAAAUACGACCAAUAGCUGAAAAAACUGGUAUCUGCAAAGUCCGACCGCCACAGGGCUGGCAGCCUCCAUUUGCCUGUGAUGUCGACCGUCUGCAUUUCACUCCACGAAUCCAGAGGCUCAACGAGCUGGAGGCUCAGACCAGGGUGAAGCUCAACUUCCUGGAUCAGAUCGCCAAGUUUUGGGAGCUGCAGGGAUGUACGCUGAAAAUCCCCCACGUGGAACGCAAGAUCCUCGACCUCUACCUGCUCCACAAGCUGGUGAAAGAUGAAGGCGGUUUCGAAGUGGUGUGCCGUGAGCGGAGGUGGACGAAGAUCUCUCUGAAGAUGGGCUUUGCUCCGGGCAAGGCUGUCGGCUCUCACCUGCGAGCUCAUUACGAGAGGAUCCUCUACCCCUACCACCUGUUCCAGACUGGCGCCAACCGCCCCGACUCUCAGAAGCCCACUCUGACCAACGACACCAAAGACAAGGAGUACAAACCCCACGACCUGCCCCAGAGGCAGUCCCUGCCGCCAGCCGAGACCUGCUCCAUUGCACGCAGGGCCAAACGCAUGAGGACCGAGGGGGGCUAUGUGAAGUCUGAGCCAGAGGAGUGUGAGAACAGGCCCAACCUGAGGAGGAGGAUGGGUUCCUAUGUGGCCAAAUCAGAGCCAGCUAGAGAACCUGCACCGGCGCACUUAAUCAGCACGGAGACUUUGGGUGUGAAAGUAAUCCCAGUGCAGGUGAAACAGGAGCCGGUAGAGCUGAGCACGUCUCCUGGUGAUGGAGAGAAGUCAAAGGUGGAGCAGUAUAUAUGUCUGGUGUGUGGAGGUGGGGGAGAGGAAGAUCGGCUGUUGCUAUGCGAUGGUUGCGAUGACAGCUACCACACCUUCUGUUUGAUCCCGCCCCUCCCAGACGUCCCCAAAGGGGACUGGAGGUGCCCCCAAUGUCUGGCCCAGGAGUGUGGGAAGCUCCAGGUGGCGUUUGGUUUUGAGCAGGCGUCCAGAAACUACACCCUCAGGACCUUCGGAGACAUGGCCGACUCCUUCAAGUCUGACUACUUCAACAUGCCAGUACAUAUGGUUCCCACGGAGCUGGUGGAGAAGGAGUUCUGGCGCCUGGUCAGCACCAUCGAGGAGGACGUGACAGUGGAGUAUGGGGCGGACAUCGCCUCCAAAGACUUCGGCAGCGGCUUCCCCAUCAAGAGCGCAGCUUACAAAGCCACCUCAGAAGAGGAGCACUACCUAAGCAGCGGCUGGAACUUGAACAACAUGCCGGUGCUGGACGCGUCUGUUCUGACCCACGUGACUGCGGACAUCUGCGGCAUGAAGCUGCCCUGGCUCUACGUGGGCAUGUGCUUCUCCUCCUUCUGCUGGCACAUAGAGGACCACUGGAGCUACUCCAUCAACUACCUGCACUGGGGGGAGCCCAAGACGUGGUACGGAGCUCCAGGCUACGCUGCGGAGCAGCUGGAGGGGGUGAUGAGGAAGCUGGCCCCCGAACUCUUCGAGUCGCAGCCAGAUCUGCUGCACCAGCUGGUCACCAUCAUGAACCCCAACACACUGAUGAGUCACGGAGUGCCGAUCUAUCGGACCAAUCAGUGCGCAGGAGAGUUUGUCAUCACCUUCCCCAGGGCCUAUCACAGCGGCUUCAAUCAGGGCUUCAACUUUGCUGAAGCUGUCAACUUCUGCACCGUGGACUGGAUGCCCAUGGGCCGUCGCUGUGUGGAGCACUACCGCUCUCUGAGCCGGUACUGUGUGUUCUCGCACGACGAGCUGGUGUGCAACAUGGCGGCCAAGGCCCAGCAGCUGGAGCUGGAGCUGGCCUGCGCCGUGCAGAAGGACCUCAGCGCCAUGAUCAGCGAGGAGAAGGGGCUCCGCGAGAGGGCCUACAAGAUGGGUGUGUGGCAGUCUAAGCAGGUGGACUAUGACGAGCUGCCUGAUGAGGAGCGCCAGUGUGCCCAGUGCAGGACCACCUGCUACCUGUCCGCCCUCACCUGCCCCUGUAGCCCCGCCCAGCUCGUAUGCCUGCACCACAUCACACACCUGUGCUCCUGCACCCCCACAGGAUACACACUGAAUUGUAAGUACAAGCUGUCGGAGCUGAAUCCGAUGCUGCAGGCGGUGACGCUGCGGGCCUCGUCGUAUGACGUGUGGACGGCUCAGGUGAAGGGGAUGUUGGAGGCCAGAGGAGACCAGAGGACAGACCUGGAUGAGUUCCGCAGCAGGAUGGCGGAGUCGGAGCGGAAGUCGUUUCCGGACAGCGAGCUGCUGCAGCGCCUCCGUGUGGCCAUUCAGGAGGCCGAGAAGAGCGCCGGCGCUGCCCAGCAGCUGCUCAACGGCAAGAGGCAGACCAGGUAUCGCUCAGGAGGAGGGAAAUGCCAGAACCAGGUGACUGUGGAGGAGCUGAGAGCGUUCGUCACACAACUCUACAACCUGCCCUGUCAUAUCAGACAGACUCCACUCUUAAAGGACAUGCUGUCUCGCGUGGAGGACUUCCAGCGGCGCUGUGCGGGCGUCCUGGCGGCGGAGCUGGAGAGUGUGUGUGUGGCGUCCAUGCAAGCUCUGCUGGACGAGGGCGCGGGCUUCGACGUGGAGCUGCAGGAGCUGUGUGUGUUGCGUGAGCGCGUGGAGCAGGCGCGCUGGGUGGCGGCGGUGCGGGAGGCCUGCGCACACACACACCCGCUCACGCACACACACACACUCACGCUGGACAGCAUGCGCAGGCUCAUCGACCAGGGCGUGGGGCUGGCCGCACACGCGUGUGUGGAGCGGAACAUGGCGCGUCUGCAGGAGCUGCUCACCGUGUGUGAACACCAGGAAGAGAGAGCCCAGCUACUGCUCACGGCCAGACCCCGCCACAGCCUGGCCACUCUGGAGGCUGCGGUGCAGGAGGCCGAGAGUGUUCCUGCCUUCCUGCCAAACUGCCUGCAGCUCAAAGACGCCAUCAGCAAGGCCAAGGACUGGCUACAGGAGGCCGAUGCACUGCAGCUGGGCGGGCGUGCCCCUGUGCUGGCGUGUCUAGGGGAGCUGGUGGGCCGUGCGCGGGGGAUCCCCAUAGCGCUGGAGUCUGUGGCUCGUCUGGAGGGGCUCGUGGCCGAGGUGCAGGCCUGGAGGGAGAGCGCCACCAAGACCUUCCUGCCCCCCACCACACACUACUCACUGCUGGAGGUAUUGUGCCCUCGCUGUGAGUCCGGUGGGGGCUCCCAGAGGUCAAAGGUGAAGCGAGUGAAGGAGACGUCGCCCCCCCUCCGACGAAACAGAAUGGACUCCCUCAGUGACGUGGAGAAAUCACUGUCAGAAAGCAAAGACACCGCAUCAGCUAUGGCCACGCUGGGUGAGGUGCGUGUGAAGGAGCUGGAGCUGGUGUGUGCACUGCGCAGCGCUAACGCUGCUAAGCUGCAGCCCGGUGUGGACGCCUCGUCCCUGCGCGUGUGUGUGUGCCAGUGCGCCCCCUCUGGCGGCAUGCUGCAGUGCGAGCUGUGCCACGACCUCUACCACUCCAGCUGUGUGCCGGCGCCUCAGGACCCCUCGGGCGCAGUGGACGGGCGUCCGUGGCUGUGCCCGCUGUGCUGGCGCUCAGAGAAGCCGCCCCUGGAGCGCGUGCUCCCCCUGCUGGCCGCGUUGCAGCGCAUCCGCGUGCGCCUGCCCGAGGGCGACGCCCUGCGCUACCUCAUCGAGCGCACCGUCCAGUGGCAGCACCGCGUCCAGCAGCUCCCCUCCGCCACUCCGCAACGCUGGCCCGCCAGCAAGAAACACACACACGCCGCUGGGGACACUUCCACAAACGGAAGGCGUCUCUCUGGGAAGAGUCAGAGUCAGUCAUCCCCGUCUCAGGAGAGGAGCAGCUUCUUCAUCGAGAAGCCCAGCAUCCUCCUCAACGGCGAGAGCGCGGAGGUGGAGCAGCUGCUCGUGGAGGGGCUGCUCCUGCAGGUCACACUCCCUGAGCUCCAGCAGCUGCUGCUCACACUGCAGAGCCCUGCCGCCUGCCACGCCCCCCCCAGCCACUGCGACCACCUCUACUACGCCCCCCUGGACAAGAGCCCGCCGCACGCCGCCGCACAGGAUGUGAUGUCACGGAGCAGGAAGGAGUCAGUGAGCAGCAGCGGGGAGAAGCAGAGCAAGCGGCGUCUGGAGAAGGAGGCGCAGGAGCCACAGGAGGUGCAGCCCAAGAAAGCGCAGAAGAAGCAGCCCAAGACCACGGCAUGCAUGCGCGGCCUUGAGGAGAAGAGGGAGGGCGCAGGGGGAGGAGCAGGAGGGAGGAGGAGGCGGCAGCGCCAGGGGAGGCGCAGGGAGGCACGCAGCACUGGCUCCUCCCCUCAGAGCUCCCUGGAGGCGUCCGGCUCAGACGACUCGGAGGACGAGUUUGCACGAUGCGCCUCCGUCCACUGCCAGCUGCCCGAGGGAGAGGAGGUGAACUGGGUGCAGUGUGACGGCAGCUGUAACCAAUGGUUCCAUCAGAUCUGCGUGGGUGUGUCUGUGGAGGAGGCAGAGCGAGACGACUACAUCUGCUCCAGCUGCGCUGCCGACAACCACUACGGCACGCCAUGAGGACCAAAAUACUCAACAGACUCACUUUUACACAGCAGCUUGGCUUUCAAGUGUGCUUCUGAUGCCCUUUACCCCUCUUUAACUCUCUCCCUCUCUCACACACACACACACACACACACACACACACACACACACACACACAGAGCCGCUUCCUGCGCUGCCUUUAUGAGCUCCUUCCCCACUGAAUCUGGAUGGACUGUUAAGUAGAGUAUCACUGCUCUCAAUCUUUUGUAUUCCAGACCCUCUGUCUGUCUGUGUGUGUGUGUGUGUGUGUGUGUGUGUGUGUGUGUGUGUGUCUUUCCCUCGUGUGGGAGUGAAUGUGGCGGAGUGGAGUGGAAUGGCGUUCCCUGUGGUGAACCCAGUCCAGCUCCACCGUGCCGAGCCGCGUCAGGCCGAGCUGCCUCACGGUCCAUCACCCUUUUUCACCGCACCAAACCACACAAAUGUGACUGUACACAGUUUAAAGAAAUCUGAGUUAUUUUCCAAUCCUCUGCUUUGGUACAUGUAUUUGAAUAAUAUGAACUUUGUUCCUGAUGUAGUAUAGCUUUAUUUAUCUUAGCAAUAACUGAACUGGAUGCUCCGGGUUCAGUAGCUAUGGAACGGCAUUUGGGCCUGUGGCUUUGUGAAGUAGACGUCAUUUGUACAGAUUGCUGAAUUUCCCCUGUAGGGCCUGUAGCAGAUGGACGCGUGGAGAUGUGGAUAUUUUGAUGGGUGCACCUUGACUGGGAAAUGUUGUUUCCACUGUGGAAUAAAAAAUGAUUUGCUUCCUCA